GUUGAAAAACUCCACAUUUAAGUAGAAUAACGAUGCGGAGCGUCUACCUAUGGAAAUGUCCGCAGUCGUAUUACCGUUUACGGAAGAACUGAAAGGUCUACAUUAUAUGAACUUUAGCACAAACUCUGGGAUAUCCAAUUCCGCCACCAGUGCCACGGAAAUUGUUUGGGGCUUCGAGUACUGCUUAACUGCUGUAUGUAGUAUUUUAUCUCUUCUCUUGAACUCUGUCGUGGCCACGUUUCUGCUUGUGCGCCGGGAACUGCGAAAACCAUUCAACUGCUAUUUGAUCUCCAUACUAAUUGCUGAUGGAUUAAUCAGCCUUCUCGGCUGCAUCAACAUCGCCAAAGAUUUCAUCGACGAGAACCGGAUGGGUAAAGCGGUGUUCGUGUUUAUGCAGUAUAUUUAUUGGGUGGUUGCGGGCAUUCCGCUGAACCUUCACGUACUCGUCGCCGGUAAUCGCGUCUGGGCGGUGGCUUAUCCGUUCUCUUUCAAACUGCACCACAGUUAUUCUUUUGCUGUGUGUCUUAUAUGUGCCGCCAUAUUUUACGUCCAUUUAAUCUGUUUGCCGGUCGUUAUCAUGUUCGAUGUAUUUUUCGAUGACAUGUUUGCUACAGACGUUGCACAGGUACCAGAGAUUCUUGUUAUGUGGAAAAAAGGAGUAAUGUUAUUAAUUUAUGAUGCUCCAAUCGUGAUGAUGGCAGCGUCCUGGAUAUUUGUCGCUUUCCGAUUGAAAAGGCAGCGGAAUGCGAUCUCGGAGAAGCCACGAAAUAGCUACGCUGAAUCGCAGCAUGCCGCGAAUUCCUUUUGGGUAUUCUCCGCGUUGACCUUAAGCGUCAUUGUGUGCUGGACACCAUACGAAGUGUACUAUACGUUGUACGCUUUUGACCGCGACUACGGCAGCGAUGCGGUGGUUAAUUUAACGCUGGCGCUGUAUCUCGUUCAACCGGUGAUCGAUCCUAUUCUCCUUUUAAUCACCAUGGGAGAAUUAAGAAAAGCAGUCAGCGAUACGCUGCCGGUGCGUUUACUCAGGACAACCGUCAAACAACGAUGAAGUUAGGCUGAAUCAGCUGUCUGACCGUGUUGCGUUGUAAUCAAGAACAACCUGGGCGACGGUACUUGGCCGAAACACAAACAGAUGACAUGUUGGCAGAUUUAUGGGACGACCAAAAUCUGUAAAAUCAUCUUCUUUGUUUGGCUCCAUUUGCUGCUUCGAUAACGUUUUCAGCGCAUUCAUUGUCGGUGUUGUAAAACGUUUUUUAUGAUGCUUACUCUUCCCAUAGCCUUAACCGUUACUGGUUUUAACAUUAGACAUUCAAAUCAAAGCCGACUUUAUUAGUGGAUUUACCA